AUGUACACUAGUACCGUCCUUGCUAUAACACCGCCCAAAAAAUCGGACGCUUUACGCUCUCAUCCCACUCUCCGUGUUGCAUCCUCACAAAUUAUCAGAUUGGAGACGUUUCCGUUUGAUGACGACGUCUUUCACUAUCGGAUUCCUUUUGUUGUCUACUUUGAUUUUCAAGCAAGAGCUGGUGCACUUAACGCAACUUGGAGUAUUCCAGAUGACUGCACAAUACAGAAAAGAAGGAGCGCUACUAGCAAUGUUGCACUGGAAGUUCUGUGUUCACAGCCAGGAGAUAAACUAAUCACGCUUAAACAAAACGAUUCAUUCUCUGAGACUACUAGAGUGACUUUAGUUGACAGCUUAGAUUGUUAUAGCUGGUACGCAGCAGCUGAAUCGAAUCAAGAAAGACGGUAUGCAAAUGGUAGCUGGUCAACAGUACUUCGCGUUUGGAUUGUCGACCACAGACAUUCGACUGAUGAGGAGAGACUUCACAACAUACUUCUUCCUUCUGAGCACUCGGAAACAUUGACAUUUCAGUACUAUUCCUUGGGUGAAGAACCCCAUUUGCAACUGAUGGAUAUCGCAUACAGUAACCAUUUAGAGAUCAAACAAAGCGGUUUCAACACGUCAACUGGAGUCUGGCAAUUUUUGCUCGUCUCUUUGUCUGGUGAAGUACCGUUAGUUGUGCGUGGGAAUGAUGUCAUCAUUUUAGGGUGUGGAAUAAGGGACGGAGUAUUGCUUCUGUCAUUUGGACGUGUCGUGGUACCAUCGCUAAGUUUGGCAUCGACUACGAUUCUUACCACGGGGAAAUCCAAAUUAAUACAGCAUCAACAGGAGCUGAAUAUUGGUGUUUAUAUCUUAAAAAACGGCACGUAUUUGAGCAAUAGCUACUUCAAGACCUUCGAAGAAUUAAGACUUCCUUCUCAGCACUUUUCAAGUCGAUCAGUGGAUGACGCGACCUUUUUGGACAAGAACCUUUUGUUACUGAUCAGCUCGGACGUCUACGUUAUUGAUCUUGAAGGAGGCUUUGUAGCCAGCUUGACCAGCUUAGAUGCUUCGGUUGAUCGCAUUCAGGCAGUCUCCUUGGUAGUUCGCGGAGCCAUUGACGGAACGUCCAGUCUACAGCUGUCUAACGCUGCCGUAGCUGUUUGGAAUGGAAAGAAUCAAUCGGACAGGUUUCUUUUGUCAAUGGACGGAGGUCUCACAUUUUCUACCAUAUCUCUGCCCCUUUCUGCUUCAUCGCUGCUCAUCUGGAGUAUCGGUUUUCAUCCUUUUUCUCCUGUUGUCGCGCUGUUAGUGGCAAGUCACAAAAGCAAAACAAAAUCAGUGUUUUACUAUUUCCAAUACAGUAACAAUCAGUGGGAACCGCAUACGUCUCACGAGUUUCUUCUUGGUUUCGACAGUGAAGUCACGCAGCCUGACUUUGCCUGGUUUCCUAGAGGAUCUGGUGAGAUGCUGUUGUGGGAUUCCUCUCGAGUUUACUACAGUACAAUAGCAGGAAGAUCAGGAUCUUUGCUGCGCUUUAUCAGAGGUCCUUAUCUCAAUGACGAGCAGUUAAUAUUAAACGAAUUUAUCUCCGAGGUCCAUGCAGCUCUUGACGGCACUUUUGUGAUUUUGACGACAAUAAAAAGGCUGUUUGUGGGUCAUGCAGGGACGGAACAUGUUUUACUGGUAACUACUGUUGCUCAUCCUGAUAGUUACGUCUCAUUGGCGUUUGACAGUUCCUCAAGGCUGCUACUGGUUAUUGCUCAGUCUUCAUAUCACAUAAAGAGGCACUACCUGCCGUUGCGUCAGCUCAUUCAAAACAGUCUGCAAAGAAAUUCAAAUUGUCCUUACAUCCACUGGUCAAGUAAUUUUCCUCUCGAUCUCUACUAUGUGGAUAUGAAUGAGAUCUUGCAGUUGUGGUCAUAUUUAGUGCCAAAGGCGUGGAAGUCUAAUGAGCUGACGAUUCUUGUGUCAGAUUUCUCUAUUUUGAACGUAACAAUCGAAAGUGCCGAACAACUAGCUACCACUCAAGGCAUCAUAGUUAGAAACGAGACGAUACUCUUGUUCGAAAAUGCUGCACUGUCUUCACAAUCAGAAUCAGGGAAGAUUGUUAGCAUCAAGAUAAUGCCUGCCAAUAGCAGUCUCUUGUGUUUCCAGCCAAGAGAAGCGGUUUCUCACUUAAUACUCGGAUGUCCUCCUUACCGCAUUAUCAAAAUCCAUUUAGGGAACGAUGAAAAUUCGGACUACUGUAAAUCAUACAUGAACUACGAGAAAUCAUCUUCACGUCAGCCCAAGUAUAACUACAGCGUUUACGGUUGUCCUCUUCGUGUGAAGUACCACCAAACGUUUCUGCCAAGUCUGGACUUAUAUGAUAGAGACGCAGUAGUUGACUCGGUCGCGGCGGACUUCAUUUUGAUAGAUGAAUUGGGUAACUCAGGUUUAUCAUACACUCAUACUGCUAGAGAGGUGGGCUGCUUACGCACACCGGAAUGGUUGAAACAACUGCAAGCUCGUUCAACAGUAAAUUUCACUGUACCAGCACAGGGAUAUCAUUCUUGCUUCAACAGUUCAGUUGAUGUCAGCAGUGAUGACUAUCUCGAUGAAGCUUACCUUCUUCUCAACAGCUCAUCUCCAAACCGCUUGAGACUGUCUUCAGGAGAUGGACUUUACCUAUUCACAGCAAAGAUAAUUGCAAACGGCUACAGCUAUUGUAACCUUGAGACACGCUUUGCCGUCAAGAUUUAUGGCACUCCUUUUCGUUCUGUGGCUGGAUAUGCUGUAUUAGGUACUUGCUGUUUGGUUGGUAUCGGUGCUCUUAUCAUUGUUUACUACGUCCAACGACAUGAAAUAAGAAAGCGAUCAUCAGCAGACAAAGACAAGUAGGAAAAGAAGUAUCAUGGAGUGGAAGCGUUGCUUUGCCCACAUAUUCUAAAGGUUCACCGUACAGAAUGAGGAUUGACCUUUUAAGAUUAAGAUUGCAACACAUGAUCAUGCGGUAUGGAUUCUAGAAACUAGGUAGAUGGAUGUCAUAGGGAUCAAUCGCCUUAUUCAACUUCCUUCCACUGUCAGUAAGAAUUCGAUUUUCAGUGCUUGAAA